AUGCGAAACGUAAGCUUUCUUUCGCUUGUCAAGUGCUUCAAUGGAUGCCGUGAUCACACGCAAUUCACAGGAUUCGGAACAAGGAUAUGGAAUUUCAGUGACAGGGCUAUUGAGCUGCAGGUAAGAGUUGGAUCAAUGCUGAAGAAAGCUCAUACGUUGAAGCCCGGAUCAUCGAAGAGGCUGAAAGGCAAGAGUAUUUACAAGAGUUAUAUGCCUGGUAAAGGAAAAGGUAGCAGUGGAGGAGGAGGAAUGAGAAGUCUGCUGUAUUAUUAUGAUGAGACAUGCCACCCUUAUAUUUGGAUACAUGAUACUGGAUGCGAUUUUUCGAGGAUGGUGAAGCAACAAUACAUUAGUCUUGAAGAUUUGAGGGAUUGUUCUGAGAUUAAAAUCUUCAGGGAUCAUCAGAGAGGAUGCAUUUCAGUCAGUAAGAAGUUUAGGUCAGAGUUGUGCUGA